AUGACGAUGGUGGUAGUGGUGAAGGGUGGUGGUGAUAGCGACGGCGAUGGCGGUGGUGAAGGUGGCGGAAGCGGCCUUGUUGGGGGUGGUGACGCAAAUGGAGGUGGUAGUGCAAGUGGUGGUGCCAACACCGGUGGCGGUGGUUGUGACGGUGGAGGUGGUUGUGGUGGUGGAGGGGGUGUUACCUGGUGGUCAUAUGAUAAUGGUGGUGGUAGCGACGUGGUGGUGGAGGUGGUGGUUUCCAUGGAGUCAACGAUGGUGGUGGAGGUGGAAGUGGUGGUGUUGGAGGGUGGGGUAGUAGUGCAAGCGGUAGUGGUGGUGGCGAGUGGUAGUGGAGGUGGUGCGGGCGCAAAUGAUAGUGGUGAAGGGUGGUGGAGGUGA